CGCUUCUCCACCCGGCUGGUCUUUUUGGAUCUCGCAGCAAUGGCGGAACAGCAGCAGUUCUACCUCUUGUUGGGUAACCUCAUGAGUGCUGACAACAAUGUCAGGAAACAAUCUGAGGAGGCCUAUGACACCAUCCCGGGACAGAACAAGAUCACAUUCCUACUGCAGGCCGUCAGAGAUGCUUCUGCUGCAGAGGAGGUCAGACAGAUGGCGGCAGUGCUGCUGCGCCGGCUGCUGUCCUCUUCCUUUGAGGAAAUCUACCCGGGUCUGACGGUGGAGAUGCAGACGGCCAUUAAGACAGAGCUGCUGACCAGCAUUCAGCAGGAGACCUCGCCAAACAUCCGCAAAAAAAUCAGCGACAUAGCAGCUGAGCUCUCCCGUAACCUCAUAGAUGACGAUGGGAAUAACCAGUGGCCAGAGGUGCUUAAGUUCCUCUUUGACUCCGUAAACUCGGACAAUGUUGGACUGCGAGAAGCGGCCCUGCAUAUAUUCUGGAAUUUCCCUGGUAUCUUUGGCAACCAGCAGCAGCAUUACAUGGAGGUCAUCAAGCGCAUGCUCGUUCAGUGCAUGCAGGACCAGGCAAACCCACAGAUUCGUACCCUGGCAGCUAGGGCUGCGGCGUCCUUUGUGCUUUCAAAUGAAAGCAACACUGCUCUGCUUAAGCACUUUGCGGACCUGCUGCCAGGCAUCCUGCAGGCGGUGAAUGAGUCGUGCUACCAGGGAGAUGACUCUGUGCUCAAGUCUUUAGUGGAAAUUGCCGACACGGCACCUAAAUACCUGAGACCCAACCUGGAGGCCACGCUGCAGCUCUGUCUGAAGCUGUGCGCCGACACCAACCUGACCAACAUGCAGAGGCAGCUGGCUCUGGAAGUCAUCGUCACGUUAUCGGAGACGGCAGCGGCUAUGCUGAGAAAACACACGGCCAUUGUAGCUCAGAGCGUGCCCCAGAUGCUGGCCAUGAUGGUGGACCUGGAGGAUGAUGAUGAGUGGGCCAUGGCCGACGAGCUGGAAGAUGAUGACUUUGACAGUAAUGCUGUGGCUGGGGAGAGCGCUCUGGACAGAAUUGCCUGUGGUCUGGGAGGAAAGAUCAUUUUGCCCAUGAUCAAACAACACAUCAUGCAGAUGCUGCAGAACCCCGAUUGGAAGUACCGCCACGCAGGGCUGAUGGCGCUGUCGGCCAUUGGGGAGGGAUGCCACCAGCAGAUGGAGGCCAUCCUCCAGGAGAUCGUCAGCUUUGUCCUCCUGUUCUGCUCCGACCCUCAUCCUAGAGUACGCUACGCUGCCUGUAAUGCCAUCGGACAGAUGGCCACAGACUUUGCCCCCACCUUCCAGAAGAAAUUCCAUGACAAGGUGAUCUCAGCUCUGCUGCAGACCAUGGAGGAUCAGAGUAACCCUCGAGUGCAGGCGCACGCUGCCGCCGCCCUCAUCAAUUUCACAGAGGACUGCCCCAAAUCACUGCUCAUCCCUUACCUGGACAGCCUGGUGCAGCAUCUGCACGUCAUCAUGGUUGCCAAGCUCCAGGAGCUGAUCCAGAAAGGCACCAAGCUGGUCCUGGAGCAGGUGGUGACUUCCAUCGCGUCUGUGGCGGACACGGCCGAGGAGAAGUUUGUACCAUACUACGACCUGUUCAUGCCCUCGCUCAAACACAUCGUGGAGAACGCCGUGCAGAAGGAGCUGCGGCUGCUCCGCGGGAAAACCAUCGAGUGCAUCAGCCUGAUCGGCCUGGCCGUCGGCAAGGAGAAGUUCAUGCCGGAUGCCUCCGCAGUCAUGCAGCUGCUCCUCAAGACCCAGACAGACUUCAACGACCUGGAAGACGACGACCCUCAGAUCUCAUACAUGAUAUCAGCCUGGGCCAGGAUGUGCAAGAUCCUGGGGAAGGAGUUUCAGCAGUACCUGCCUGUGGUGAUGGGCCCGCUGAUGAAGACUGCCUCCAUCAAGCCUGAGGUGGCACUCCUGGACACCCAGGACAUGGAGAACAUAUCGGAAGAUGACGGCUGGGAGUUUGUUAACCUGGGAGACCAACAGAGUUUUGGAAUCAAGACAGCGGGCCUGGAGGAGAAGGCCACAGCCUGCCAGAUGUUGGUCUGCUAUGCCAAAGAGCUGAAAGAGGGAUUUGUGGAGUACACGGAGCAGGUGGUGAAGAUGAUGGUUCCGCUGCUGAAGUUCUACUUCCACGAUGGUGUGCGAGUGGCAGCGGCGGAGUCCAUGCCCCUCCUGCUGGAGUGUGCUCGGGUCCGAGGCCCAGAGUACCUCACUCAGAUGUGGCACUUCAUGUGCGACGCCCUGAUCAAGGCCAUCGGCACCGAGCCCGACUCCGACGUCCUGUCAGAAAUCAUGCAUUCGUUCGCAAAGUGCAUCGAGCUGAUGGGAGACGGGUGUUUAAACAACGAGCAUUUUGAGGAGCUGGGCGGCAUCUUAAAAGGGAAACUGGAGGAGCAUUUUAAGAAUCAGGAGCUGAGACAGGCCAAGAGACAGGAUGAAGACUACGAUGAGCAAGUGGAGGAAACCCUACAGGACGAGGAUGAGAAUGAUGUCUACAUCCUGACCAAAGUGUCAGACAUCCUGCACUCUGUGUUCAGCAGUUACAAAGAGAAGGUGCUGCCCUGGUUUGAGCAGCUGCUGCAGCUCAUCGUUCAGCUAAUAUGUCCCAACAGGCCGUGGGCGGACAGGCAGUGGGGUCUGUGCAUCUUUGACGACGUGGUGGAGCACUGCAGUCCUUCCUCUUUCAAAUACGCCGAGUACUUCCUGCGGCCCAUGCUGCAGUCGCUGUGUGACUCCAGCCCGGAGGUCCGGCAGGCCGCCGCCUACGGCGUGGGUGUCAUGGCUCAGUUCGGCGGGGAGAGCUAUCGGCCCUUCUGCACAGAGGCCCUCCCCCUGCUGGUCAGAGUCAUCCAGGCAGCCGACUCUCGUUCAAAAGAGAACGUCAACGCCACGGAAAACUGCAUCUCCGCGGUGGGAAAGCUCAUGAGGUUCCGGCCAGAGUGUGUCAACGUGAAUGAGGUCCUUCCCCACUGGCUCAGCUGGCUGCCGCUCAACGAGGACAAAGAGGAGGCCGUCCACACCUUUGACUUCCUGUGUGACCUCAUCGAAAGCAACAACCCCAUCGUCCUCGGGCCAGACAACUCCAACCUUCCGAAAAUUUUCCUUAUCAUAGCCGAGGGGGUUGCAAACGAAUCGGUCAAAAGUGAGGACGCCUGCAGCAAAAGACUCGCAAACGUCAUCCGUCAAGUACAGGUGUCUGCAGAAUUAUGGACGCAGUGUGUGUCGACGCUGAACGAGACGCAGCAGAAAGCCAUACAGGACCUACUGAAUACUGCCUGA